GCCACAACUGACUGAACGUUAACGUUGAGAAUGAUCAUCAUUUUUUAAUUAAAUAUAUUUAAAUAAUCUGAAUUACUGAAUUAUUAUCACAACUAAAGACCCGGCAGGGCUCUUUAAAGUGAGCUGAGCGUGUUUGCCGCUGUUUGUUGUUCUUGAUUGAGGACUUGUUGAGAAGAAGACGGUGAAGAUGUCUGAGGGAAGCUGAGCUCCAUCAUCAUCAUCUGAGCCAACAUGGCCGCGGAGGAGCUCGCCCUGUAGCACCACAGAGACGCGGAAUAAAACAACACAGAUGAAAUGGCGUUUAUGUCCCGGUUCUCCCGGUCCCGGAGCAGCUCCAGAUCCCCGAACCGAAAAGACUCCGAGCGAGGAACCCCGAUCCUGACCGUAUCCGAGCUGGAGAGGCUCCUCUGCACGGGAAAAACAGCGUGCAACCAUGCAGACGAAGUGUGGCCGAGGCUUUAUAUCGGAGAUCAAGAUAUCGCGUCAGACCGACGUGAGCUCGGCAAACUCGGCAUCACGCACAUCCUGAACUGUGCUCAGAGCAAAUGGCGCGGUGGAGCCGAGUACUACGCCGGGAUGAACAUCACGUACCACGGCAUCGAGGCCCACGACUCCCCGACCUUCGACAUGAGCGUCAACUUCUACCCUGCGGCCGAGUUCAUCCAUAAAGCUCUCACAAGCGGAGGUAAGGUGUUAGUCCACUGCACGGUGGGGGUGAGCCGCUCGGCGACUCUUGUUCUGGCGUACCUGAUGAUCAGACAGAACCUGACGCUGGUUGAGGCGAUCAAAACUGUGAAGGACCACCGAGGAGUCAUCCCCAACCGAGGCUUUCUCCGGCAGCUCAACGGCCUGGACGGCAUCCUGAGAGAGAGCCGUAAGACGUCCCCGCAGAGCUGAAAACCCCCCUCAACACACACACACACACACACACACACACACACACACACACACACACACACACACACACACACACACUCACACACACACACACACACCUGGAGGUAGCAGCUAGCGAGAUAAUGGCGCCACACUGGUUUCUGAGACCAGAACUCUGUAGCAGCAUGCGAUUGCAGCGUUCGGCUGAUAUCUUAACAUUUAAAAUGUAUUUUUGUGAUUAAGUAAUUUUUAAUUAUUUGUGUAAUGUUUGAGCCUCUGAAAAACACGAGCACUUGACGGUUAAACUCCGGAGAAAGCUUUCAGGACGGAUUCAUAAAAUCAAAACCUGAACAGAAACCAAAAAAUAUAUCAUAACAUUUUUAUUCUGGGAUAUAGAGCGGAAACAUGUGUCCCUUAUAUCGAGGUGUUAAUCCAGCUUCAAACUGAUUUAGUGGCGGGCUACACUGUGUGGUGCUGCGAUGAUGUCAUGCUAUUAUGUAGCUGAUGCGUCUGUAGCCAUCCGACUUACACUCGGCUUUCCAAGUAAGGGGACGGUCAACAAAGUUUGUUUCUGACAAUAAAGUCAGGGUUGGUCAUUUCCUCCAGAUCCACUUCUUCAGAUUCUGGUGUAAAUUGUCUUUAGGUCCUGACA